CAUUUCCUCUCUGCUGAGAGACAGGGAAACGGGAGCUCACACACAUUCGCGCAUACACACGUUUCCUUGUGGCAGGCGUUCUGCUUUUCAGGACCUGCCAUUUGUGGUGGAGUUACCAAGACGGGAUAGGCGGCAGAGAGGUGGCUAAACCCACGCUGCUUCCACAACCCCGCUCCUCCAUCAGACUGGCUCCCACAGCCCGUUCUGAGGAGUGUGGCCCGGCUGAUUCCCACGCUGUGCCUGCCUCCUGAGUUAACUGUCUGUUUUCCACUGCUGUGGGCAAGAGGCACUGUGGGCACAGCCUCCCUGGCCUCUGCUCCAAAGAAGACAGCCCACUUACAACUCUGGAUUCUCACUGGUGCAUCCGGUGCCCCAGAUUUCUCCCUGGAAUGGGUCUUGGGGAGACCAGCUUCAGCACAGGCUUGUCCCUGCUCCAGGCUCAAGAGGCAGGAUAAGACGGGGCUGUGAGUAGCUCACUUGGACCUGUCCCAUGGGCUUCUCCCCAUACCUCCGACACCCUCAUGUGCCUGGCUGGAGCUGCUGCAUAGCUUCCCAAGGAUGAGUGGUGAUGUUCUCUAGCCACCCCUAGCAGCGUCUUGGCUUUCUCUGGAUGCAUAGCGGCUUACUGGGACGUGGGACUUUCUCCAAGAUAGACAGUCCUGGCAGUCAGAUAUGACCGUCCAGAAGCUUGUGGCCACAGCUGUGCUGGUGGCCCUGGUCUCCCUCAUCCUCAACAACGCAGCAGCCUUUACCCCCAACUGGGUGUACCAGACACUGGAGGAUGGACGAAAGCGGAGUGUGGGGCUGUGGAAGUCCUGCUGGCUGGUGGACAGGGGUAAGGGAGGUACAAGCCCUGGGACUCGAACUGGGCAAGUGGACACCCAUGACUGUGAGGUGCUAGGAUGGGGCUCUGAGUCAGCAGGUUUCCAGGAGUCUCGAGGCACCGUCAAAUUACAGUUUGACAUGAUGCGUGCUUGCAACCUGGUGGCCACAGCCGCACUUGCUGUGGGUCAGAUCACCUUCAUCCUUGGGCUGAUGGGUCUGCCCUUGAUGUCACCAGAGUCCCAGUGCUGGGAGGAGGCAAUGGCUGCUGCAUUCCAGCUGGCAAGCUUUGUGCUGGUCAUCGGACUGGUGACCUUCUACAGAAUUGGCCCUUAUACCAACUUAUCUUGGUCUUGCUACCUGAACAUUGGUGCCUGCCUUCUAGCUACCCUGGCGGCUGCGAUGCUCAUCUGGAACAUUCUUCAUCGGAGGGAGGACUGCAUGGCACCCCGGGUGAUCGUCAUCAGUCGUUCUCUCACAGCGAGGUUUCGCCGUGGCUUGGAUAAUGACUAUGUGGAGUCUCCAUGCUGAGAGCACCCUUAUCAGGACUUUCUUUAUGAAUAACCACUAUAACGCCGUAGUCUAGAAACUGGUAGACCGCUCCAGGCCCUGCUUAUGCAGAGGUGAGGGGCGAGUCUGGGCUACCUAUAAAUACAUAUGUAUGAUACUCAUGUACAUUUAUUAUGUUACAUAUGAAUAUAUUAUGUGUGUCUGUGUCAUUGUGUCACUCUACUUCUGACACAAUCUUCCUUGGCCAGCAUAGCAUGGCUUCAUAUCAUGCGAGUUUCAAAGGUGGAGACUAGAAGCUGAGGCAGGGAACGAGGCAGUGGGGGCACCUUGCUCUCCACCUCCAUUUGGGGUUAAUUUAUUCUGCAUCUACGAGAAUGUUAUCCCCAGUUACUUUUACAAAGCAGAACAUCCAGGAAAUCUUUUCAUGAAGGGUCUGAUAACCCUUGACUAAAACAGACCUUAGAACAGGUGGUACCGGUUUCACGCCAGAGUCAGGUUAAGAGCGUACGUUUUACUCCUGAUUAUUUUUCUAAGUAAAAAUAAACACAAGGCGCUGAACUGAGUCUAAAACUCCUGUUUUAUCCAUCGUAUCUCACUCUUUUUCUGAGACUUUUGUGGUAUAACCCUAAAAAGGGCUAAGAAGACCAUUAGGGACCCCAAGGAGGCAUAUACCCUAAGUCAUGGUGGGUGCAACCCUGAGGUCCUCAUUCCUGCACCCUGAGCCCUAGCCUGUCACAGCAGAGCAACAGGUGGAACAAAAAGAUGAAACCCAUUAGCCUUUCUCAGAAAAGCCUUCCUCCUCUCUCUACCUAGGGUGCGAUAGGCUAAUGGACACCUCCAGAGGCCAUGCUGCUUUCAGACAGGCUGGAUCCCGCAGUCUGUGGAUCUCUAGGAGGUAUAUAAAAUCUGUACCAGGGGGGUUAUAAAUAGUCCACAGAACCUAGGGCUGCUGGACCACAUCUGUGAUAGAGGUUCUGGUGCACCCUUGCGAGACGGUGCCCUUGGGACACAGCACUGCUCAAUCAUGGCCACCAGGAGGCAGGAAUCAUUGCUGCCAUACGCAGCAAGAGGAAGCUGGCACUAUCAGAACAGGAAGGCCAGUGACAUGCCCUCCUCUGGCUCCCUCUCUUAGUAAAUGCCAGACUUUGUUACUUUCAGUCUUCUAGUGACUCAUGUUGAUCAGUUGAAAUUCUGAAGCCCGUCUUAGGCCAAGUCUUUGUCUUUAGUCAGAAUAAACAGUAAAACAGAUUGGUGCCUUAAACACACAAAGACACUGAUAAUGACAUAUGAGCGUUUACAGAUUGGCCAUACUCGACAUGCUUAGCACACUUGGAAACAAGGAGGCCCAUGUCCACGGUAUAGCAGACAGAUUCAAGCAUUUAGCUAUGCCUUCCUUUAUGGCACUUGUCUCUUCCUCUAAGACAUUUUUAUUUCUAGUCAUACACUAAUACUAUGUAUGUGUCUAAACACAUUAGUAUUGUGUAUAUGUCUGUAUGAAGUACAUUAAAGGUUUAAAAGUGGCCAUGCAGUCUGCUUUAGGUUGUGACCCUGUCCACAGUAAGUGAAAGUGAUCCAGGAAAGGGUGGCCUUGCUGGUUACCUCCAAGCUAACUGUCUAUAUGGCCUGUGUGUGAAAAAACUCUCCCAACUGUAAUAAACAGUUGUAAUAAA